CCAGCUGAUGAGCGUGGUCUGUAUCGCUGCGGCGGCGCGGGGCUUCGAUAACACUUGGCGCUAACGUUGAUAUCAGCAACCCACGCACAAUGUGGCACCCAUGGUAUAAGUAUUCAGUGGUAGAGAUAGCGCCUCUGUUCGGUGUCUCUUCCCUCCCCCCGACACAAACAGCUCAGGAUGUCCGCGGAGGACAAAGUUGCCUUCGGCGACGAGAAGCAGGGUCAUGAUGUGGAGGCCGUCGCGCAGGUUAUCUCUGCCGGGAACGAGGAGGACGACAUUGUGGAGUUCGACGAGAAGAAGGAUCUCAAGCGGGGUCUACACCAGCGACACAUUCAGAUGAUCGCCUUAGCCGGAACGAUUGGCACUGGCUUGUUCCUCGGAUCUGGCGAGGCCAUCGUGCAAGGUGGACCACUUGGUGCAUUCCUCGGGUACCUCAUCACCGGCAUCCUGGUAUCCUGCGCUGUCAUUUCCAUCGCCGAGCUCAGCGCGCUUGUGCCGCUAAGCGGUUCCAUCGUCCGCCAUGCAGAAUACUUCUUCGACCCCGCUCUCUCGUUUGCGCAAGGAUGGAACCAGGUGUACUCGAACUGCGUGGGCCUUCCCGCUGAAAUGACUGCCACCGCGGUCCUCGUGCGCUUCUGGACAGACGUCAGCAAUGGCGUAUGGAUAACAGUCUUCGGUAUCCUCCUGCUCGUAUCCAACCUAUGUCUCGUUCGCGUAUACGGAGAGCUCGAGUUCACCUUUGCUAUGCUCAAGAUCAUGCUGAUCAUUGGGCUCAUCAUCAUGGGGCUCGUGAUCGACCUUGGAGGCGUUGAAGGACAGGAGCGCAUUGGCUUCCGCUACUGGAAUGAUCCUGGUCCUUUCGUGCAAUACCUCGACCUCCCGGGCGCGCUCGGGAGGUUCGCAGGCUUCUGGACGACGCUGGCGAACGCGGCGUACGCGUACUCCGGCAUUGAGAGCAUCGCGAGCGCGGCAGCUGAGACACGUUCUCCACGCCGCAACAUCCCCAAGGCGGCGCGGCGCAUCUUCUGGCGCAUCUUGAUAUUCUAUAUCGUCGCCAUCCUCAUUGUGACGAUGAUCGUCCCGUCUAACAACCCGAAUCUGCUCGCAUCGACUGGCGACGCGACGCAGUCUCCUUUCGUUAUUGCCGCGAACUUGGCUGGCAUCAAGGUCGUGCCACAUAUCAUCAACGCUGUGGUGCUGACCUCAGCAUGGUCGUCGGGCAACAGCGGCUUGCUCAUCGGCUCGCGUACCCUGUACGGUAUCGCGCGCGAGGGCCAUGCUCCCAAGAUUUUCUUGCGCUGCAACAGAUGGGGCAUUCCGUAUGUCGCCGUGGUGUUCAUCGGCAUGUUCAUAUCUCUCGGGUACAUGACGCUGGAUAGCUCCGCGUCCUCGGUGUUCGGCUGGUUCCAGGACCUCGUCGCAAGCGCGGCCCUUGUGCUCUGGAUCGUCAUCUGCAUGGUUUACCUGCGCUUUUACUACGGCUGCAAGCGUCAAGGCAUCGACCGCAGCGAGCUCCCCUGGGCGGCACCGUUCCAGCCAUACGCAGCAUGGACUGGCCUCAUCGCCUUCUCCAUCAUCAUCCUCACGCAAGGCUAUUCAGUCUUCAUUCACGGCCUCUGGGACACGGAGAAAUUCUUCUCGGCCUACUUCAACAUCCCGCUGAUCUUGGUCCUGUACUUCGGCUUCAAGGUCAUCAAGCGCACGAAGAUGGUACCGCUCGACGAGAUGCCCAUCCGCGACUUCAUCCGUAUUGCACAGGAGAAUCCCGAGCCUCCCGAGAAGCCGUUGAAGGGAUGGCACAAGCUCGAAAUUCUCUGGAGUUAAUGACCGCACGAUUUUAUACCUUCUCUAUCUUGUAUCCCGAUGUACUUCCCCUCAUGGACUGACUUGUAUUGAUUGACUUUAGGUUUUCCUCCCUUCUCCAGAUUUGUUGGACAAAGUUCAGCCUUAGCAUUCCCAAGCAGGUGAUUGGGCGCUUAGACUCAUCCG